AUGCCUGUUACUACACAGUUUGCUUUCCGGACUCUGAAAGGCCUCGGUGUCGUCAAUGGUGCACCUAGCUACGAACCACUUCCGGGCUUUGAGAAGCCGGAAGGAAACCUCCGUUGCUGUGCUUACUCGCCAUGCGGCCGCUACUUUGCGUGGGCCUCUCCCGAGAACGUGAGCAUCAUCGACCCCGACACCGGAACAAUCAUCUCCACCCUGCCAGCCGAGAAUGUGUUUGAGUUGGGGUUCUCGCCGCUGGGAACCUACAUCAUCACCUGGCAACGAUCUACCAAGGAUGAGAAUGGCGAUGCAGUCAAGAAUCUCAAAGUGUGGUUGGUGAUUGAUGAGAAGGCUCUGUCAGAAGGCGUGGACAAACAACCCGUGGGGAGGUUUGUCCAGAAAUCGCAGACCGGUUGGAAUCUGCAGUAUACCUACGACGAAGCUUUCUGUGCGCGAGUGGUCACGAAUGAGGUGCAGAUCUACGAAAGUCACGACCUGACCAACGUCUGGAAUAAGAUCCGCGUGGAAGGAAUUGCGGACUUUGCGGUCUCGCCUGGGAAGAACCACGCAAUUGCCGCGUUCGUGCCGGAGCGAAAGGGUCAACCAGCUGCCGUCCGAGUCUACGCUGUGCCGAAUUUCAAGAAUCCCGUAUCGCAGAAGAAUUUCUUCAAAGGUGACAAAGUACAGCUGAAUUGGAACGAUGAUGGUACUUCUUUGAUUGUGCUGGCCCAGACCGAAGUCGACAAGACCGGCAAGAGCUAUUACGGUGAGACCACGCUGUACCUGCUUAGUGCCAACGGCGGUUUCGACUCGAGAAUCGAUUUGGACAAGGAAGGCCCCAUCCACGAUGUCUCUUGGUCGCCUAGAUCCAACAGCUUCGCGGUUGUGUAUGGCUACAUGCCUGCUAAAACGGUCAUCUUCAACGCCAAAGCAGAGCCGGUGCACACAUUCCCUCUUGCGCCUCGCAAUACCGUCUUGUUCUCUCCUCACGGCCGCUUCGUCCUUGUGGCAGGCUUCGGCAAUCUCGCGGGUCAGAUGGAUAUCUACGAUCUGGAAAAGGACUUUGCAAAGAUCUGUACGAUCGAAGCGAGCAACGCAAGCGUGUGUGAAUGGGCUCCAGAUGGAGUGCAUAUCUUGACGGCAACAACAUCACCUCGGCUGAGAGUCGACAAUGGAAUUCGCAUUUGGCAUGCUGGUGGACCUCUGAUGUACAACCAAGAUCUGAACGAGUUGUAUCACGUCUGCUGGCGACCACAAUCGGCGAGCUUAUAUCCUCUGAGUGCAAAUCCUUUCUCACCCAUGCCGGUGCCACAUUCUAGUGCUCUGGAGUAUAUGGCAGCACGGAAAACACCUAGCAAACCUGCUGGUGCUUACCGACCGCCUGGUGCACGUGGUCAAGUCACUCCACUGGCUUUCAAGCGUGAAGACGAGGGUGGCGCAGCGUUUGUUCGUGAGGGCAUCUCAUCCUUCUCAAGCAGCAUCAACGGAUUUGGCAAGUCCCGGCAGCGCGUUGUUCCUGGUGCCGAACCAGCAGAGGAUAAGACCCCUCUACCGCCCGGUGCGGCGCCUGGUGGUGGCGUGAGCCUAACUGGAACCGGAGAGGGUGCCGACGGAGAGCCAUUGUCAAAGGCUGCCAGGAAGAACGCAAAGAAGCGAGAGGCAAAGAAGGCCGCCGCCGCCGCAGCAGCACGUGAUGGUGGAGCAGGUUCCAACCUGGCACCGGAGCAGCCUGCAGCACGAGGAAAGAGUCAAAGUCGAAGUCCGGAUGGCCACGGUCACCAACGCAGUCGCAGCAGAGGCUACGUGCCCGCUCCGGCCCUGGAGGCACCGACUGGACCCAAGAAGGAACGUAGCCGAAGCAACAGCAGAAGACAACGUGGGGACACGAACGGUUCGACACACAAUCACGCCAAUGGCAGCGCUAAAGGGCCAGGCCAUGCACCAGGAACACCGAAUCAAAAGGUUCGCAACGCGCCAACACAUAUCAACACGACCACGCAGGUUGCACCUCCUUCGGCUCCAGAAGGCCAGACUCCGCCCGAGUUGGAGAUUACUAGUCCUGUCACUCCCGGCGGCAGCUCUCAGGAGAAGAAGGUCCGAGGUCUUCUGAAGAAGAUCAGGGCGAUUGAUGACCUCAAGAUGCGAUUCGCAGGCGGCGAGAAAUUGGAGGAUACGCAGAUGAGGAAGAUAUCAACCGAGGACUCUGUGAGGAAGGAAUUGUCCGCUCUCGGGUACAAUGGUUGA